AUGGCGUCAUCCUUGCUCUGCCUCGGCCUGCUCCUCUUCAGCCUGCACACAGCAGAUGGAUUUGAAUUUUACUACCUGUCUCGCUGUGUGUUUAACUCCACUGAGAUGAAGGACAUCGAGUUCAUCUUAUCAUAUUACUACAACAAGCUGGAAGUAAACCGGUUCAGCAGCAGUUUGGGGAGGUUUGUUGGAUACACAGAAUACGGAGUGAGGAACGCAGAAUUCUGGAACAACCUGCCUGGAGAGUUGCCUCGAUGGAGGGAAGAGAAGGAGAUGUACUGCCUGCACAACGUUCGUACUGAGUACGACAAUAUUCUGUAUAAAUCAGUGGAGCCAACUGUCAGGCUGUAUUCCAUCACCCCCCCUGCUGGACGCCACCCCAACAUGCUGGUCUGCAGCGUCUACGACUUCUACCCCAAAGCCAUCAGGGUGACCUGGCUGAGGGACGGACGGGAGGUGACCGCUGAAGUGACCUCCACCGAGGAGAUGGAGGACGGGGACUGGUACUACCAGCUGCACUCCCACCUGGAGUACACGCCCAAAUAUGGAGAAAAGAUUUCCUGUCAAGUGGAACACGCCAGCCUGAAGGAGCCUCUGAUCAUUGAAUGGGAUCCCUCCCUUACGGACUCAGACAGAAACAAAGUCGCCAUCGGAGCCUCUGGACUGAUCCUGGGUCUGGUUUUAUCUCUGGCUGGUUUCAUGUACUACAAGAGGAAGGCCCGAGGUCGUAUCUUGGUUCCCUCCAACUGA